CGUGACGUCGAGCAUGGAAGCGUACGAUGCUGUAGGUUUGCUGUCGAGAACCCGUACACGCUCGAGCCCGUGGCGCAUGUGACGGAAGCGUCUUCGGCCAGCGUCCUGGACACGAUCGAUCGCGUAAAGAAAGCGCAGCGCCACUGGGCGGCGACGACGACGCUCGCGCAACGCCAAGCGAUUGCGACCAAGUGGGUCGACGUCCUCAACGACCAAGUCGACGAGAUCGCGACCGAGAUUACGCUGCAAAUGGGCAAGCCACUGGCGCAGGCCAAGGGGGAAGUCCGUGGCACGAUCCAGCGGGCCAAGGUCAUGAUUGCGCUCGCGGAGAAGGCGCUGGCCCCAACGACGUUUCCGCACGACGACGACGACAAGCUCUUCCGCUGCAUUACGAAGGAGCCUGUCGGCGUUGUCUUUGUCAUCGCGCCGUGGAACUACCCGAUGAUGACGGUGGUCAACUCGGUGCUGCCGGCGCUCCUUGCUGGCAACGGCGUGCUCCUUAAGCACUCGCCGCAAACGCCACUCUGCGGCCGCCGCUUCCAAUCGACGCUGGAGGCCGCGGGCUUCCCCGUCGACCUCCUCCGCGCCGAGCAAAUGGCCCAUGGCACGGCGGCCAAUGCCAUUGCGCAUCCCGAUGUGCAGUUCGUCUCGUUCACGGGCUCGGUGCGCGGGGGCCGCGACGUCUUCCAGACGAUCGCCAACAAGAACCGGUUCCUGAACGCGACGCUCGAGCUUGGCGGCAAGGACGCCCUGUACAUUGCACCGGACGCCGACGUGGCCGCCGCCGCCGCGGGCGCCGUGGACGGCGCGUGCUACAACGCAGGCCAGUCGUGCUGCGCCGUCGAGCGUGUCUACGUGCAUACAUCCUUGUACGACGAGUUCCUCGCCCUCGCAACGAGCCAUUUUGACGCCUAUGAGCUGGGCGAUCCGCUGCAGCAGACGACGACGCUCGGACCCAUGGCGCUCAAGGGAUCCUCGACGGCGACGCUGGCACACCACGUGGCUGAUGCGGUAGCCAAGGGCGGGCGGGUGCUCACCAAGACGGCCGCGCCACGCGAAGUGCAGGACGCAGCGGGCCACGGUCGCUUCUUCCCGCCCACACUCGUGGCCGACUGCACGCACGACAUGCGCCUCAUGGUCGACGAGUCGUUCGGUCCGAUUCUGGGCGUCAUGCCCGUUGCCUCGGACGACGAGGCGAUCCGACGCAUGAACGAGAGCGCGUUUGGCCUCACGGGUGGCAUCUUCACGACGAGCCACGAGCGCGCGAUGACGAUCGGCCGCCACUUGGACGUCGGCACCGUUUACAUGAACCGCUGCGAUGCUGUCGAUCCACACCUGCCGUGGACCGGCGUCAAGGACUCGGGCAAGGGCCACAGCCUCUCGGAGCACGGCUUCCAAGCCGUCACCCGCUUGAAAUCGUGGAACAUGAAGCUCGCGUGAUCUUCGCGGGCAGUCGACCCGUCCAUAGUACAAGUACUUUCGGUAGUCGAAC